AUGGCUCCGGCCAGAAAGGAGACGCAGUCAACAAAUGGCUCUCAACGGACCAAGCGACGCUCCCGACCAGUUCCUUUCUAUCUCCCUCUGAACGUCACACUAUAUGUGUUCCUUAUUUCCAAUUUUGUCGCUGCGGCACUCGCUCCGAUUCAGGACUGCGAUGAAGUCUUCAAUUUCUGGGAACCCGCGCACUACCUGGACCACGGGUACGGGCUGCAAACGUGGGAGUAUUCUCCCGCCUAUUCAAUUCGAAGCUGGCUCUACGUCUCUGCCCAUGCUGUGGUUGGCAAAAUAGUUUCUCUUUUCUCGAGUAACAAGACAGCCGAGUUCUAUGCUAUACGGUUUGUUCUGGCAGCGGUCUGCGCCGCCUGCGAGACGAGACUGUACUCAGCAAUCUGUCGGACAUUGAACCCCAGAAUCGGCCUCCUCUUCCUGAUCAUUGUCGCUUUCAGUCCGGGCAUGUUCCAUGCGUCUGCAGCAUUCUUACCGUCUAGUUUUACCAUGUAUACUUCUAUGCUAGGUCUUGCAUCUUUUCUGGAUUGGAGGGGAGGCCAGAAGAUGGCGCAGGGCAUUAUGUGGUUCGGUCUCGGAGCAAUCAUGGGCUGGCCUUUUGCCGGAGCUCUGAUCAUUCCUCUUCUCCUUGAGGAGGUCGCCAUCAGCUUCAUCGCCGGCGCUCUUGGAAGUUUGUUUGUGGGUAUAGUCAAGGGCAUUAUGAGAUGUCUCGCUAUUCUGGGUGUUGAAAUUGCGGUUGACUACUUAUUUUUCCAAAAAUUCGCCGUUGUGCCGUGGAACAUUGUUGCUUAUAACAUUUUCGGAGGCGAAGGCAGGGGGCCUGAUAUCUUCGGGACAGAGCAGUGGACAUUCUACAUCAAAAAUCUGCUUUUGAACUUCAAUAUAUGGUUUGUAUUGGCCGUUUCUGCUGUACCCAUACUUGUUCUCCAGGCUAUAUUCCGUUCUCAAGCCACCAAUGUCCAAACUCUCUUACGGACCGUGACUCUGGUGACGCCAUUUUAUAUGUGGUUGGCCAUCUUCACUGUCCAGCCGCACAAAGAGGAACGGUUCAUGUAUCCCGCCUACCCUUUCCUUGCACUCAAUGCGGCCAUCUCCUUUCACAUGACCCUCUCAUACGUCGGGUCAAGUAACCCGAAAGAGGUCAUUGGGCGAUUGUCGCCGAAAAUCAAACUGACCAUGGUGAUGGCUGUAAUUCUUAUGGCUAUCAAUGCCGGGCUACUGCGAACUCUUGGUAUGAUCACGGCGUACAAUGCACCCCUAAAGGUGAUGGAGCCGCUGCAGCAGUUGGAAAUGGCACAAUCCGGUGGUUUUGUGUGCUUCGGCAAAGAGUGGUAUCGAUUCCCAUCAUCAUACUUUCUUCCAAACGGAAUGCGCGCGAAAUUUAUCAAGAGUGAAUUUCGAGGAUUGCUUCCCGGAGAAUUUCCGGAUGCCCCAAGCUAUUCGGGUCUCAUCCAAGGCACCUCGCAAAUCCCUGCCGGCAUGAACGAUCGGAACGAGGAAGACCUUGGUAAAUACGUCGAUAUCUCUCAAUGUUCAUAUCUGGUGGACUCGUACUUUCCAGGGCGAGCUGCCACGGAACUUGAGCCUGAUUAUGUGCACGAUGAAUCAGGAUGGGAGACAAUAACCUGCAAGGACUUCCUCGACACGUCCCAAUCAAGCGCGCUAGGUCGAAUAAUUUGGGUUCCUGAUAUCCCUAUGUUGCCGGCUCGUUUCCGCAGAAGCUGGGGGCAAUACUGUCUUCUCCAGCGGCGGAACGCCAAAUCAGAGUCAAAGUAG